AUGGUCUACACUUUAUCCUGUCCAUGUCAUUCUGCAGAGACCCCCCUGACAUUUGCGGCCCACCUGGAUAAUGUGGUGGAGAUUAUAAAGGUUCUGAAGAAUGGAGGGGCUCACCUGGACUUCAGGGCCAAAGAUGGCAUGACGGCCCUACACAAAGCUGCUAGGUCCAAGAACCAGGUUACUCUGAUGACCCUGUUGGAGCUUGGUUUGUCUCCAGACUAUAAGGACAGUCGGGGUCUGACGGCGCUCUAUCACACAGCCAUGGUGGGAGGAGAUCCGUUCUGCUGUGAGUUGCUGCUACAUGAACACGCCACCGUCUGCUGCCAGGACGAAAAUGGCUGGCAUGAAGUCCACCAGGCUUGUCGGAAUGGCUAUGUCCAGCACCUGGAGCAUCUGCUGUUCUACGGGGCGGACAUGAGCGCACAGAAUGCCUCAGGGAACACAGCACUGCACAUUUGUGCUCUCUACAACCAGGAUAACUGUGCCAGGGUGCUGCUGGUCCGUGGAGCCAACAAAGAGGUGAAGAACUACAACAGCCAGAGUCCCUUCCAGGUGGCCAUCAUUGCGGGGAACUUUGAACUGGCCGAACUAGUCAAGAACCACAAAGAGACAGAUAUAGUGCCUUUCCACGAGGCCCCGGAAUACUCCAAGCGGCGUCGGGUCCCUCCCUCUACCAGCAGCAGUGGUAGCUGCCUGGUGGCCCCCCGGGUCCUGCUGCGCUCCAACAGUGACAACAACCUCACAGUGAGCCAGGGGCCUCCCCAGGACUGGUCCCAGCCCCAGGGACCCCCCCAGCACCACGGAUCCCAACAGGGAGGGGUCGGACCCCCCACCUCCACCUCUCACCGUAGCCUCUCUCCACAGCUGCUCCAGCAGAUGCAGGGGAACCCAAAUGGCACUGUGAGGACCAUGGGCCAGAGGUCCCGCAGUACAAGCGUGGGGGUGGUCCCGCGGAGUCCGUCCCCGUCCCUCAACCGGCUGGGAGAGGAGGCCUGCAGGCCACACCCGCAGACACAUGUACAGACACAGCAGACUCAGCACAGACAGACCAGGUCAGUAGAAGGAGGAGAAGCAGCAGAGACACACAGCCAUGUACGUAGGCACAUACUCUUUACCCACACACCACCCACACACACACGCAUGCGUAUGCACAUAUGUGUGUGGCUCCCCAGUGGUCAUGUGGAGGUGGUGGUGCAGCGGAGGAAGCUGUACAGUGCCGUACCAGGUAGGCACUUUGUGGUGGUCCAUUCCUACCAUCCACGGGCCAAGGGAGAGAUCACCCUCUACAAGAACGACAGGGUUAAAGUUCUGAGUAUCGGAGAGGGGGGGUUCUGGGAAGGCAGUGCCCGGGGCCAGGUGGGCUGGUUUCCUGCGGAGUGCGUGGAGGAGAUUCCCGCCAAGCCCAGCGAGGAGAGGACGCACACAAGAGCUGACCGCUCGGACAGGAGGAAACUCUUCCGACACUACACUGUGGGGUCCUACGAUAGCUUUGAUGCCUCCAGCGACUGCGUGGUCGACGAGAAGACGGUGGUCUUGACCAAGAAGGAGAAUGAAGGCUUCGGCUUCGUGCUGCGAGGGGCCAAAGCGGACACGCCCAUCGAGGAGUUUACUCCCACUCCUGCCUUCCCAGCCCUCCAAUACCUGGAGUCGGUGGACGAGGGAGGAGUGGCCUGGCAGGCGGGGCUAAGGACCGGGGACUUCCUCAUCGAGGUGAACCAAGAGAAUGUGGUGAAGGUGGGCCACAGGCAGGUGGUCAACAUGAUCCGUCAUGCAGGGAACAGCCUCAUCAUCAAAGUGGUAACGGUCAGCAGGAAUAUGGACCCUGAGGAUACCGCACGUAAAAAAGGUACUACACCCCUACACCACUUCAUGUUAUGCCUCUCUCUCUCUCUCUUAGCCCCCCCACCGCCAAAGAGAGCCCCCACCACCGCCCUGUCUAUGCGCUCCAAGUCUAUGACCUCUGAACUGGAAGAACUAGGAAGUCCUGCCCUAUUUACCCUGUCACUCAUAGGGGGUGGGGUUUGUCUUUCAGAUAAAGUGGACGAGGUGUCACCUUCCCAGAAGGCCGUGGACAUGAAGGUGGCCACCAUUAAGCCACGCCCCUCCAGCCGCUGUUUGGUCACGCCUACUGACAUGAAUUCCAUGUACGACCGCCAGGGUGGGGUGGCAGUGGUACCACCCACUGUGCCAGGCAGUCCUAGACGGGGGGCAUUCCUGGGCAUACUUGCCAAGGGUGGCACCAUGAGGAGACAGAAGUCCAUAGGUAUAACAGAAGAGAAAGAAGAGAAGGCGCUCCUCUCCCCUCCCCCACUCAAGUUCACCCGCAGCCUCUCCAUGCCCGACACGUCCGAAGACAUCCCCCCUCCCCCGGCCAUCUCCCCCCCAUCUCCCCCCUCCUCCUACAACUCUCCCUCUGUCUCCCCCUUGCCAAGGGGCUACGGCACCACCCGACCGGGCCUCACCCUCAACUCCGCUGGAAAAUGUUCCAACGCCAUUACCCUUGGCAACCGCACGGUAGAUGUAGGGACGCUAAGGCGAGGUUAUCACCGCCAGAGCUCAGAACAGUACGAUAGUAGAAGCCGAGGACGGGCGCACGUGCCCGAGAACCCGUACUCGGAGGUGGGCAACAAGGCGCUGUACGUGCCUGCCAAGCCGGCGAGAAGGAAGGGCAUGCUGGUCAAGCAGCCCAAUGUGGAGGACAGCCCAGAGAAGACCUGCUGCACCCUGCCCUCAGGCGCCGUUUCCAUGCCGACCACACCCACUGAGAGGACCUUCUCGUCCAUUCCCAUCCCCACCAUCAUUGUCAAGGAGCCUUCCACCAGUAGCAGUGGAAAGAGCAGCCAGGGCAGCAGUAUGGAGAUUGAGCCAACCACGCCCGAACACCCACCCUUAACGCCUAGGGCAGGGGGCAGGGGGCUAAGGCCUGAAGACCCCAUUGUCAACAACCCCUUUGCGGCUGCCAUCGCAGGGGCAGUGAGGGACCGGGAGAAGAGGCUGGAGGCACGGAGGAACUCACCUGGCUUCCUCUCCACCGAUAUGGGAGAUGAGGACUUGGGAGACCCCACCCCGGCCCCGCGGCUACGCCAGUCCAAGUCCAUUGACGAGGGGAUGUUCAGCAACGACGAGCACCUGCGGAGGAUAAUGGCACCCCCACCGGCCACCAUCCUGCUGCGGUCCCAAGAAGGGGUUGACCGUGGCGGUAACGUGACAGACUUCAACACCCCUGAGCCCACCCAGGUGGUGAGGGAGCCUCUGACCGCACGUACCGGCCAGUACCCCAACCUGGACAGCCCCGUCAGUCUCCCGGACAGUCCCGUCAGUCUCCCGGCCACCACGCCCAAGACCUACAGCUCAAACGGAGGAUGGGGCUACCUGCACCCCGUCACGGGUAAUGCCCUGGAACCUAACUCGCCCCUCGCCCUAGCGCUGGCAGCCCGGGACAGAGCCAUGAAAGAGCAGACACAAACGACCAUGGCAACGCAAGCCCCACCCCCUUCUCAACCUCAACCGCACCCCAAGAGCAACGUCCCCCAGACCCUCCCCCCCAACCCCCACAAACCUGGCCUCAAUCAGCCCCUCUUCAUCGAUACCAAGCUCCGCUCCAGCAUUGAGCCGGGCUUCACCAACUCCACGACAACCCUGGGGCGAGGCAUAGGGGGGGACCUGAAGAGUCAUAUGACGGAGCAGAAGUACGAGUCUGACGGAGAGAGGGAGGAGAGGCAGCAGGCGGUGGAGGAUGGGAAGGGCAUACAGAUCGACGUUGUGGACACGUCACAAACGCAGAAAGUAGCCGGUCUGCUAAUGGUGCACUCCAAAAACAGCCAGGAGGAGGAAGACAGGGGGCAGGAGAACACACCAGCCCGGGACAACAACAUCCCCAGCGAACUGAGAGACCCCAACCAGCCAAAGCCCCCCAACAACAGCCACAGUACCAAGCCCCUGCCCCCCGUGCCACGGGGGAAGACCAUCACGGCCGGGGGUUUGGUCGACGAGCCAGUCAAGCUGUCCUUCCGCAUGCCCCCUCCCCCGCUGGCCUCGGUGGACAUUGAGGAGGUGGAGGAGUUUGUCUUCUCCGAGCCCCUGCCGCCACCGCUGGAGUUCGCCAACAGCAUCGACAUCCCUGAGGACCAGGCAACGACCAUCGCUGAGUUGCUCAAGCAACGGGACCAAGAGAGACGCAACGGGAUGGGAACCAGGGGGCCACAUCCACCCCCCUACUACACUCACGCCCCGACCCCUGUCGGCCAGUUCAGACGAGGGAGCGGGGUGUCCAAUUGCAUGCCCCCACCCUUCUAUCCCCCUCCGCCCCCCGACGGUGGCUUUGAGAAAGGUGUCACUGACUCAAGCAUCGAGGAGGUAGACAGUUGCAAAAGUGGAGACCCCCAUGUAGAGACUACCAGCACCAUUUCCACAGUUUCGAGCAUCUCUGUACUGUCGUCAGAGGGCGGGUACAACAGCGCCCUGGAGAACACUUCUAUGGUUUAUACUGACGGCCAGGCUUACCUCGACGACCGACCCCCCGUUCCCCCCAAGCCCAAAAACAAGCCCGUCAUCAACAAGAACACUGCACUUUACCACAACGUCCUCAUGGAGGAAUCCCUGGACUCCUUUGAGGCGCCCCCUCCUGUCCCUCCCCCUCCACCCGGGUCCAUAUCCCCCCCAGAACUCCCCAGGACUCCCCCCCAUCGGUCGUCCAAGCUGUGGGGCGAGCCCCCGGAGCUAAGGAGCCCACCCACGCCCGACCCCAAGGCCACGGUUAUCAACGAGCUGAGCUCCAUCUUAUCACAGAUGCACCGGCCCAAACCGGGGGACUCCCUGGACUCACCCACCACAGGGGCCAGGGGCGGCUUUGGAACCAGCUCUCCAGCCACAGGAAGCCAGCGGAACUCCAGCGUGUCUUUCAGCCUGCCCCCUUCCUCCUGCACCCCUCCUUCCAGCCUGCCCCCUCACCUCUGCAGCCCCCCGGACACCUCGUCCCUCUCCUCGCCCCCCUGCCCCUCUUCUUUAACCCACUCUUCCUCACCCAGCCUUAGCGACCUUUUCGGCCUGCCCACCCUGCCCAUGGAGAAUGUGAGAGGCUUCGGCAGCAUGGGCGGUAGCCUUGGUGAAGGGUCCUCGUGCGGUGGCUCGCGCUCCCCCUCGCCGCUUACCCUAAUGCAGGCCAUAGCCACCUCGGGCAAGCCCUUUGCCUCCAAGCCCGUGGAGCUGUGGAGCAAGCUGGACGUGGCCGACUGGCUGGACAGCCUGAAUCUGUCGGAGCAUAAAGACGCCUUCCUGGACAACGAGAUCGAAGGCGCCCACCUGCCUUCGCUGCAGAAGGAAGAUCUGAUUGACCUGGGGGUGACGCGGGUGGGCCACCGCAUGAACAUCGAGAGGGCCCUCAAAAUGCUGCAGGACAGAUAAAGCCAGGGGGUGUGGAUUUAUCUGGAACACUCUCUCUCCUACCUGUUUUCCUUCUCAGUCUUGGAAAGUCUUGGACGAUUUAGGAAUCGGCCUCUGACUACUCCCUUCCUGCCUCGCCUCUGUGGCGUGUUUGUGUUUGAUCACUCCCAUUCUGCUUCCCGAGUAUCGGGGGAUGUCGGAAUCCUGGAGGAACUGCUGGGAAUAGCCUGGAGAAAGGCGGCGUUCCCAAAUCCAGAAUGGAGAAAGAGUGGAAAAAAUCCUGCAUCUUUUUAGGGAUGCUCACAAUACAAAAGACCACACUUUGGAAUACUCUUGAAACGUAGCCCUCGAACACUUUGAAAUAUUAUGUAUUGUAUUGGAAUACUCAAUCCUUUUUCAAGCUCCCCCAGCGCGGGUGUUUGAAACCAGCUGAGCUGGUUGGCACUCCUUUUCUAUCUUUGCUAGAGUUUCUUCAGAGAAUAUUUCUUCACUAGAGUAAAACCAUGGGUUAUGUUUAUGGAUGCAUCUGACGUUGUAGAGACAUUUGAAAAACAGACUUUUGAAAAACAUUAGAAAUGAGAACCUUUGCAGAAAUGUUUAGCUGAAUCCUAAACCAUAUCAUUCGCCACACACACACACACACACACACACACACACACACACACACACACACACACACACACACACACACACACACACACACAUACACACACACACACACACACACACACACACAUACACACACACACACACACACACACACACACACACACACACACAACGGCCUUCUCCUGAGGGGGAGAAACAUAAUGAUGUGUUAGUCACUCUAAUGCAUGGCUGGAGGGGCUCCACUGUAGCAGGCGCCACUGUCCCCUUCACAUCCCUGUUCACUGUGGAAGGUGUGUGUAUUUGCAUUUUGUCAGAGACAUGUUUGUGAUGUACGUGUGUGUGUGCGCACGCUGUGGGAGGUUUGUUAAAUGUGUUUUAGAAAGACAUGAGUGAGAGUGCAAGGCCUAGAUUCUGUCAGCCUAUUCAAGGUGUAUAUUGCAUCUCACAUUCCAGUAUUCGAACUUGUAAACAGGGCUCCAUGGGAUUUAUCUUAAUGCAACUCCGUACAGCCAAUGGCAAUGUCCGUUUUAGGUAUAAUGCUGGGAGCCGCUUGUGGAUUUGACAGCUCUAACACAGUUCCACCUCCGACACCACAAAAACAACAGCUACGCGGGUGUUGGAUGGCAUGAAUCUGAUAGAAUCUAGCCCUAAGUGUUGGCAUCAUGUGUGUUGUCAUCGUCUUCCACACACUUGACAGCGACCCCAACAGGAAUGGGAUGCAACCUCUCUACCGCCCAACCGACCAAUCUCCCUUCAGGCCUAUAACAGAAAUAAUCCACCUAUCACAACAACUUGGGGAAACUCCAUUUUCUGCCACAAUAUCGCCAUCUCUCCUCUUUGUUCAGCCAUCUUUAAUCAUUUCUAGUUAUUGAGUGAUUCCUUUCGCAAAUCAAACAUUGUUUUUAUAUUAGUACCAGUGUGUGCUGUUGUGGUAUAGGUGAGGGCUGUAUUUUCUUUGGUUGACAUAAUGAUUCUCGGCGAGAAUUUGAAGACGCCCACUUGGAAAAAAGAUGAGAGCAAAACGGACGUUACUUCGUGGUCUCUGUUAACGUAGGACACUGUGGUUGACCGUGUGCUUGUUUUUACACAGCUCACCUACAGUAUACUGUGUAGUGCAGGGGCCAAGAAUAGUAGGAAUAAUAGGAAUUCACUCAAAACUCAAAAAUGUGGGUUCCUGAGUGGCGCAGCGGUGUAAGGCACUCCAUCUGAAUCCAGGCUGCAUCACAAUUGGCCCAGCCUCGUCCGGGUUAGGCUGGGGUAGGCCGUCAUUGUAAAUAAGAAUUUGUUCUUAAAUGACUUGCCUAGUUAAAUAAGGUUACAUUAAAAAUAUAUAUAUAUAAUAAUAAUAAAUCUACUACCCAGACAUUCACACAAUCACCGAAGAGGAUUUAAAAAAAGAUUUAUAGGAACGUUUACAAAGUUUGUGUAUAAUCAGUGUUUGUAUCGCCGAUGAAUCACAAAACGUAAUUAUUGACAAUCCUAUCUGGUGUUUCCAGAGGGAAGAAAAUAGGUGUGACACAGCAGCACUGACCGAGCAGGCUUUAGAUGAUGCAUUUGGUCCCUGUUAAUUUGAGAAUGAGAGGGAGAGUCCUCAGUAACACUUUACUUAAGCAUGCAGGUAUAACCAUUCUGUAAGGCUUGCUUGUAAAAUGUUAUAACGUAUUAUUUAUUUAUUUUACCUUUAUUUAACUAGGCAAGUCAGUUAAGAACAAAUUCUUAUUUUCAAUGACGGCCUGUACAGGGGCAGAACGACAGAUUUGUACCUUGUCAGCUCGGGGAUUAGAACUUGCAACCUUUUGGUUACUAGUCCAACGCUCUAACCACUAGGCUACCCUGCCGCCCCAGGCUUUAAGUAAAGUGUUACUGAGUCAUUUUCUCAACACCAGUGAUAAGCUCUCACACCAAUGAGCAGGUAGAACAAGCUUAUCUUCUAAUCAGAAAUCCCAUCUGACAGCCAAUCAAUUGUCUCCAUCCCUUUUCAUGAAACACCAUUACUUCAAUGUUAAUAUGAGAACUGCUGAUAGGUGAGUACCCAGGAAGUGUUUGGUGGCAUUGGUUUUACGUAAAUUGAAUAUAUUUAUUGCUUUGAAUGUGUAUAAAGGAAUGAUUUAAAGAAAAGAGUACAUCUAUAGAAUAAUGAUAUGUAUAAUAUUUCUAAAAGGUUUAGAGAGAGAAUUUCUAUGAAAGAAUAUGACCAUUGCAUCCACCCUCAGAACUUAUUUCCUUGUCACUUUAUCACUAUUUUGUGUUUGGAUAGUGCCUCAAAUAGCUCAUUAUUCUCUACAUAGUGCCCCAUUUCUGGCCUUUCUGCCUCUGAACUAGAUUAUAACUACCCCAUUGCACUGCAAAGAGCAGUGUGGAAUCCAUGUAUUCUACUGUACCCAGAUUACCUAUAUAUUAUAACAUAUCACUAAAACGUGAACAGUAUGUGUGAUCAUUUGAGACAUUAUCCAUGAUUCUAUCAGUUCACAGGGAUGUUCUAUGAACAUAACCAUGAUUGUUUGGAUUGUCUGCAAUUUAGGGUCUCCUGUUGGACCAAAAAAAAAGCUCCCUUGGUGAGAUUCCUUUCUCUCGCUCCCUGUCCCUGUGUGCAACUGUAGGAUGAUGAAGGGAAGACAAAGGGAUGAUAUAAAAAAAAAAGGGGGAAUACUAGGCCCGACAGAAAGAGAGGACCUGCAGGAGUUUUAACACUUCUAUAAUCCAUUCAAUAUUUGAAAAGAAACAACAAAAGAGUGACAUAGAAAAAAAACACAGUAUUUUUUAUGAUUAUAUAGAAUUAUAUGGAAUUUUCUAAAAUAAAUAUAUAUAUAUAUAUAUAUAUAUAUAUAUAUAUAUAUUAUAUAUAAAUAUUAAUUAAUAGAAAUUAAUAUUAUCAGAUUUAUGAGGAAACUAAGAAGCAAUAUUUUUACUGAAUGAAUCUCCUUGGUUGUGGUUUUUCCCAGUCUUAAGAUGAACUAUCAUGAUAUAUCAUCACCUGUUGAUGUUAUGAACACUGAUAGCUAGAGUGGACAGAAGACAUUUGUCCAAUCAAAAUGUAUUUUAUAUACUAUCCUCUGGCCAUCACCUGCCUAUCUUGAAUAUUGUAAUUUUUGACAAUUCCAAUCACUUAGUCUGUGUAUAAUGUGUGUAUAAAUGACUGAAACGCUUUAAAUGUAUACAAGCUCACAGUCCACUGGAUCGAAAACUGUCCCGAUGACACUUUUAUGCUCAACUUACAUAGACAUGUACAAAAAAAGACUAGUUGUGACUGUUGACUUCAUGGAAGAAAAAAAACAUAUCACUAAAGCUAAUUUAUUUGCAGAAUUAUAGAACUGAGUAGUCGUAUUAAGAUGCUAUACAAACCAUCACUGUGUGACUAUAAGGCUAUGCUACAUAAGGACUGGCAUGGCUCACUAUCAUCACUACCAUCACAACACAGUCAUUCACUUACCCAUCAGCAACUAUUUUGAUACUUUUGUUAUUUUCUCUUAUGGUUUAAUUUUUUUAUUUUAUUUUUUAUUCUACAUAAUUACAAAGACGUUUCCGGCUCUUUUGUGCAUAUUUGUGUUCAUGUUCCAUAUGUUGUAAUUCUGCAUACUUAGAGUCGACUAUCUAAUUAUCAAAAUGAAAAAGAAAGAGAAGUUCCUUGUAACUGCACUCUUCCUUCCCCCCAAAUCCUCAAUACUUCUUGUAUGGCAACCAAACAAAAGUUACUGUAAGAAAUAAAUAUAACAUUGCACUAUGGUUGUAUUCAUUUAA